AUGCCCGAGUACUGGUUUGUGUCUGUCCCCGGAGAGGGCAACCGCACCGUCACCUUCCAGAACUUCAAGGCCAAGAUCGCCUCCAGCCAGAACGACCUUGCUGAAGUCGCCCCAUUGCCCAUCCCUGAAUUCAAGAUUGGAACUUUGGAUACGCUCGUUUUGUUGUCGGAGGACUUGGCGAAGCAAGAUACCGCUUUUGAGUCGUCUGCCAACAAGCUGGUCGAUAUCAUUCGAUCGCUCUUGGGCGCCGAGGCUGCCACCAAGCUUGCUGGAAGUCUUUCUGUGAACGAGAAGACCAUCGAUAACUUUCUGAAGACCUUCCAAUGGAACACUAUGAAGUACCGCACGGACAAGUCACUCGUCGAACUCGCCGAGCUUCUGAACAACGAGGUCGCGUCGAUUGAUACCCUGAUGAAGAACAAGAUGGCCAACUACAACGUUGUCAAAGGAAAUUUGCAGGGCAUUCAGAGGCGAGAGAUGUACGGACUUGGUAACCUGGCAUCCAGGAACAUUGUCCCCUUUGUGAAGAAGGUGCACGUUGUUUUGGACUCUGAAUACUUGGAGACUCUUGUUGUCGCCGUACCAAAAACUCUUUACAAGGACUGGUCAAACAAGUACGAGAGCCUUACUCAGAUGGUCGUUCCUCGGUCCUCACAAAAAAUUGCUGAGGAUGAUGAGUACGGACUGUACACUGUCACACUUUUCAGGCGUAUUGUAGAGGACUUUACCAACAAGUGUCGCGAGGAGAGAUUUAUCGUCCGCGAUUUCAAGUACAGCGAGGAUGCGAUUGCGGAGCAGAGGCGUGAGCUGGAGGAGAUGGAUGCGUCUGAGAAGGAGCUGUGGGCAACGAUUCUGAGAUUGGCCAAGACCAAUUUUGGUGAGGUCUUCCAGGCAUGGACACACUUGAAGUCACUCCGCGUCUUUGUCGAGUCUGUCUUGCGCUAUGGUCUUCCUCCAGACUUUGUCGGCUUCACGAUCAAGCCCAAGCUGAAACAGGACAAGAAGAUUCUUGACAUUUUGACGGCACAGUAUGGUCAUUUGGGAGGAUCGCCUUCAAACCGAGGCGGUGCACAUCGCGAGGAUGCUACUGGAGACGAAGUUAUUCCUGGAUUCAACGAGAAGGACUACAAACCUUUUGUGUUCUUUUCUCUUAAAUUGGAUACUGAGAGACAAUAG